CUUGGUAGCCAGGAAAGCAGUGCCCCUUUGAGUGUGAUAGGUCAGAUUUACAGCAUGGUUGUGAGUGCCUGCCACUGCUGCCUUAGUCAGCUGCUCCAACUCCCUGCUGGGCCGCCCCUUUCUGACAGGACUGCAGCAGCUGGGAAGGUGCUGUUUCAGGCUCUUGCUGUUCAGAGGGGGGAAAGAGCAAGAGAGGGGAAACUUCACUAAGUCCAGAAGCUGGCAUUGGAGGGGAAGCAGGCGGUCAUGUGUCUCUGGCCAUCCUACCCUCUGUCACAGAGUAGAUGAGAGCUUUUUGCUCUUACCCAAUCAUGCCUGGAAUGCAGCUUGCCACUUGGGCUAUUUCUGCUAUCUGUCGCUCUUGGUGCCGCAGUGCUAACGGUUUGGCAGAUGGGACACUUUUUCUUGGAGUUGGUGUCUUUGGGUUUUGACUUCUGGCAGUGCCGGGCGUGUUGUUGUCGCUCGCCCUCUCCCUCCCGGCCCCCCUGGUCACCAUGGCCCAUCGGCUUCGGUUUCAUUUUGGCUCUGGCCGCAGCAAUACGGCCCCUGAGUCUGAGAUUCUAGACCAAGAGAGAGAAGAGGACUUUUUCAUGGCAUUCCAGACGCUGCCACGGAGAAGCAGCCCGCACCCCUUCACCCAGAACGCAGGGGAGGACGGCGGCCUGCAGGAGGGCGUGGGCGCUCUCAAGCGCAGCUCAUCCAUGUUCAUCCCGCAGCUCCUGACCGGGGUGGACACCAGGCCCACCCGCAGCUCCUCCGUGCAGAUCUCCCUGCAGCGAAAGGCCGCAGACGGUGCCACAGACAGCUGCGGGCCACCGGAGGGACCCGAUGACAGGCCCCCAAGCGCCCAGGCUGACCUCGGAGACCAGGCCGCAGCCACAAGGGUCUCGGCUCAGAUCAGCUCAUCGGAGCCCUCUCCAGUGGACACUCCUGGAAGCUCCCCUCCAAGGGCAGCCUGGGACCCGGGGACCUUGGUCAAUGGCACUUGUGAUCACCGUGGUCAGUGUCCCCACCUGGCCGAGGGUCCGGAGGAGGCCACCCCAGGCCUGCGCAUCCAACACCGAGCCUCAAGCGCUGAUGUGCGCCAGGUGCGACUGCUGCCUUUUGGCCCAGAUGGACAGGCCGAACCUAGGCGCUGGUCCCUUCAGCAUGUUCCAGAUGCUUCUGGGAGCUCCGGGAAGCGUUGCUUUGUCUUUCAACUGCAGCAGCCCCAGCAAGGCGCUCUGGGGCUGGCUGGUGACUUCAACUUUGGCUUCACUGGCACUAAGGGGGACAGGUUGGUGAGAUAUCCACGCAUUCGGCUGGAGAGGAGCACGUCAUACCCCACCCAGCCCCGAGCAGGCCGGGUGAGCCCCACCGAAGACCGAGGGACCCCAGAAGCAUCUCCUCGGGCCAGCAGGAUGGUCCCUGAGAUCCGCAGGACAAAUUCAGAGAGGACCCCACAGAGUCCAGGGUGCAUGUUCAAGAUCAGGCAGGAUCAAAAUGCAGGGCAGCAGCAUUUCCGAAUUCUUGUGACUCGGGGACCUGAAGAAACCCCCCAAAACCAAGAGGAGACUCACAAGAGCCCUGGACACCCUGGAGCUGGUGCUCCGACACGAGACGACUUCCUGGGCCAGGUGGACGUGCCUCUUAGUCACCUUCCGACAGAAGAUCCAACCAUGGAGAGACCCUAUACAUUUAAGGAUUUUCUCCUACGACCUAGAAGUCAUAAGUCUCGUGUCAAGGGGUUUUUGAGGUUGAAAAUGGCCUACAUGCCGAAAAACGGAGGUCAAGAUGAAGAAAACGGUGAGCCGAGGGACGACAUGGAGCAUGGAUGGGAAGUGGUUGACUCCAACGACUCAGCUUCCCAGCACCAGGAGGAGCUCCCUCCUCCUCCCCUGCCGCCAGGAUGGGAAGAGAAAGUGGACAAUUUAGGCCGAACUUACUAUGUCAACCACAACAACAGGAGUACGCAGUGGCACCGACCCAGCUUGAUGGAUGUGUCCUCAGAGUCGGACAACAACAUCAGGCAGAUCAACCAGGAGGCUGCACACCGACGCUUCCGCUCUCGGAGGCACAUUAGUGAAGAUUUGGAGCCUGAGGCCUCUGAAGGUGGUGGAGAAGGCCCUGAGCCUUGGGAGACCAUUUCAGAGGAAGUGAACAUGGCAGGAGAUUCUCUCAGCCUGGCUCUGCCCCCACCUCCUGCCUCCCCAGUGUCUCGGACCAGCCCCCAGGAGCUGUCGGAAGAACUGAGCAGAAGGUUGCAGAUCACUCCGGACUCCAACGGGGAACAGUUUAGUUCUCUGAUUCAGAGAGAGCCCUCAUCAAGGCUUCGGUCCUGCAGUGUUACCGACACGGUUGCUGAACAAGCUCACCUUCCACCGCCAUCAGUGGCCUAUGUACAUACCACGCCGGGCCUGCCUUCAGGCUGGGAAGAAAGAAAGGAUGCAAAGGGACGCACAUACUAUGUCAAUCAUAACAAUCGAACCACAACUUGGACUCGGCCAAUCAUGCAGCUUGCAGAAGAUGGUGCCUCCGGAUCAACCACAAACAGUAACAACCACCUAGUCGAACCCCAGAUCCGCCGGCCCCGUAGCCUCAGCUCGCCAACAGUAACUUUAUCUGCCCCACUGGAGGGUGCCAAGGAUUCACCCAUCCGCCGUGCCGUGAAAGAUACCCUUUCCAACCCACAGUCCCCUCAACCAUCACCUUACAACUCCCCCAAACCACAACACAAAGUCACACAGAGCUUCCUGCCACCAGGCUGGGAGAUGAGGAUAGCCCCCAACGGCCGACCCUUCUUCAUUGACCAUAACACAAAGACUACAACCUGGGAAGAUCCACGGUUGAAAUUUCCAGUACACAUGCGGUCAAAAGCAUCUUUAAACCCCAAUGACCUGGGCCCUCUCCCUCCUGGCUGGGAAGAGAGGAUCCACUUGGAUGGCCGCACGUUUUACAUUGACCAUAACAGCAAAAUUACCCAGUGGGAAGAUCCAAGACUACAGAACCCAGCCAUAACUGGUCCGGCUGUUCCAUACUCCAGAGAGUUUAAGCAGAAAUACGACUACUUUAGGAAGAAAUUAAAGAAACCUGCUGAUAUUCCAAACAGGUUUGAAAUGAAACUUCACAGAAACAACAUAUUUGAAGAGUCCUAUCGGAGGAUCAUGUCUGUAAAGAGACCUGACGUCCUAAAGGCUAGGCUGUGGAUUGAGUUUGAGUCAGAGAAAGGCCUGGACUAUGGGGGCGUGGCCAGAGAAUGGUUCUUCUUACUGUCCAAAGAGAUGUUUAACCCCUACUAUGGCCUCUUCGAGUACUCUGCCACGGACAACUACACACUUCAGAUCAAUCCCAACUCAGGCCUCUGCAAUGAAGAUCAUUUGUCCUACUUCACCUUCAUUGGAAGAGUCGCUGGCCUGGCAGUGUUUCAUGGGAAACUCUUAGAUGGAUUCUUCAUUCGGCCGUUCUACAAGAUGAUGCUGGGGAAGCAGAUAACUCUGAAUGACAUGGAGUCCGUGGACAGCGAGUACUACAACUCUUUGAAGUGGAUCUUAGAAAACGACCCCACGGAACUUGACCUCAUGUUCUGCAUAGACGAAGAGAACUUCGGGCAGACAUACCAAGUGGAUCUGAAGCCCAAUGGGUCAGAAAUAAUGGUAACCAAUGAGAACAAACGAGAAUACAUUGACUUAGUCAUCCAGUGGAGAUUUGUGAACAGGGUCCAGAAACAAAUGAAUGCCUUCUUGGAGGGAUUUACAGAACUUCUUCCAAUCGACUUGAUUAAAAUUUUUGAUGAAAAUGAGCUGGAGUUGCUGAUGUGCGGCCUUGGUGAUGUCGACGUGAACGACUGGAGACAGCACUCUAUUUACAAGAACGGCUACUGCCCCAAUCACCCUGUCAUCCAGUGGUUCUGGAAGGCCGUGCUACUGAUGGAUGCUGAGAAGCGCAUCCGGUUACUACAGUUUGUCACAGGCACCUCCAGAGUACCCAUGAAUGGAUUUGCCGAACUCUAUGGUUCCAAUGGUCCUCAGCUGUUUACAAUAGAGCAAUGGGGCAGUCCGGAAAAACUACCCAGAGCUCAUACAUGCUUUAAUCGCCUUGAUUUACCUCCAUAUGAAACCUUUGAAGAUUUACGGGAGAAACUUCUCAUGGCCGUGGAAAACGCUCAAGGCUUUGAAGGCGUGGAUUAAGGAAGGCCUCCAGCGUCCAGGGCACUGCCCUUCCAGCAAGUUCCGAGUGCACUUUUGCAUUUGCCUAGCAGACUUUUGCAGAGCCGGUGGCAGAAGCAGUUGCGCUGCCUGGCUCUGGAGCCCAGCUUGUCUGGGCCCUGCCCAAGUUCUGCCAGGGAACCCAGCCCCAGCUCAAGUGCCGCCCCCCUCACCGCCGAUUCUCAACUGGUUGACGUGUACACUGAUUACAUUUCAGGAGGACGUGUUCUAUUUAUGUUGUGCCUCUGCAGGCAAAGCCCUUAAUAAAUAUUUUGCAUACUUUCUAAUGACAAUGAAUGGAAUUAAUCACGCUACAGGUAUAGUAUUACAACUCAUGUUUACUUUUUAAAAUGAUUUAGACUGAUUUUCAGAUUUUAUUUCAUUACAAUUAAAGAUGUCUCAUGUACUUGGAAAA